AUGGUCCGCCUGUCAGCUUCGUGCGCCCUCCUGGCACUAUCUGCGCUCCCGCUCGCCAGCGCAGGCCCGCUGUCCUUCUUCCAGGAGACGUCGCACGCCGUCGUUCGCUCCGGCCUGCGCAACAUCCUCCGCCUCAACGAGACCCAGAUCGACCGCAUCCUCGCCACCGACGAGACGCCCCUCGAGCCUCACCCCUUUGCGUUCGACCUCACCGACGACAACUACGAGACGGUGCUCGGCACGGCGACGCUCGACAACCCGUUCGCGUCGCCCUUGCCCCGCGAGGAUGUCUGGGUCAUCACGGUUCACGGCCCUGAUCCCGUGUCCAAGGUGUUCCUCAAGGGCAUGGACGAGGUCGCCACGUACAACUCGAGCGCCGCCGGCGGCACCUUGCCCGCCAACAUGCACUUUGCGCGCCUCGGGUACGCGAGGGAGACGAUCCUCCCGACCCGGUGGUGGCUCUGGCGGACGCCCGUCAUCGUGAUCGGCACCAACCGCAUGCGCACGCUGCGCUUCAUCCGCCCGGGCAACGUCCGGCCCAACGUCGAGGCGCUCAGCGACAUGCUCAGCAAGCCAGCCCUGUGGAAGCAGGUCGAGGUGUGGGAGGGCAGGCUCGCACCCGGCGGCUCCUUCGAGGACCGCCUGCAUCGCCUCGCCAAGAUUUGGGCCAAGAUCCACCGCGAGUCGGCCAAGGUGCCCAAGUUUGCGCUGCUGGCCGUGAGCGGGUUCAUCAUGAACUUUGUCGUCUCGUGGUUCCACAAGGACGACGACAAGAAGCAGGCCGCGUUCAAGGAGAAGGUCGAGAAGGCUCGUCUCGAGCAAGCGGCCGCCGAUGCAGCGGCUACCGAGACGCCGACGGCCGCCGUGCCCAAGCCGCCAGCGACGUCGUCGCCGGCUCAGCGGAGGUCGAGCAGGCGCAAGUGAGCGAGGCGGAGGAGAGACAGGGAGCGAGGGUCCG